GCCCCUGGCAGGACAGACAAUCGAUAUCAGAUAGACAUCAUCAUGGAGCAGGAGCCUGUGAGCGCCUUACAAGCGCAAGCUCUGAAAAGGAAAGAAAAGUUAAAAGCCCUAAGAGAACGACAGCUUCAAGGACGGGAACCAGCAGAGGGAGAACCUGAUUGCAAGAGAGCAGCAGAAGUAGAAACAGAAGAAAGACACAGAGACCUGAAGCUGAGAAACUACACUCCAGAAGAUGAAGAGCUAAAAGAAAGGCAGGUGCCCAAAGCUAAACCUGCAUCAGUGGAAGAUAAAGUUAAAGACCAGCUGGAAGCUGCAAACCCAGAACCCAUUAUAGAGGAAGUGGAUCUGGCCAAUUUAGCUCCAAGAAAACCAGACUGGGACCUAAAGCGGGAUGUUGCAAAGAAGCUGGAAAAACUUGAGAAAAGAACCCAGAAAGCCAUUGCUGAACUCAUCAGGGAGAGGUUGAAGGGGAGUGAAACUGAGCUGGCUGAUGCUGUUGGAGCAGUCGGUGUAGAAGAGGCAGAUUCGGACUGAACACAUAUGGAGGUGCACAUUCUGGGUCCUGAAGACGAGUGUAGCUCUCGAAUUUAGCCUGUGACAUGAACUGGUUCAAAGUGUUCAAGUUCAAAUGUGGCCAAUUCAGGAGUGACAGUAUGGCGGAUGUGUGUGUGAGUGAGAGAGAGAGAGAAAAAGAGAGUGAUGUACAAAGUUUUGUAUUCAUCCUGAAAUAUCCUAGGUUUCUGUUCAUUUGUACUUAAAUAAAUGUUUUUUUUCUA